CCCAAAAGAAAACAAAAAACUUCCACUUCAAAGCCCUAACUCAUUAGUUCAGCACAAGGAACACAAAACCCAUUGAUAAAAAUGGCUGAUACCCAAAAUACCAUUUUCGUCUUCCAACCUGACCAGCAGAAUCUGGCACCUCAACCUCUGACUCCAUUCUCUGCCGUGACUCCUCACCGUGCUACAGCCUCACGAGCACGCCGCCUCAUCUCUACCACAACCCUCGAAAUGAUUCUUGAGGAAGAUACCUCACCGGAAGAAGAUCGUCCUAGCACUGUCGCUGAGAUGGAUACUCUUGCGGUAUUCCCGGCGACAUCUUGUUUCUUGAUGGCCAAUAAACAAGUCGCUUUCAUGUUAUACGGAAGCUGCAAGUGCCCUUGAUAAUUUUCACUUCAAAGCGACUUAAGAUUAAGAAUGGUGUAUUUAUUUUCUUGUACUAGUCAAAUUAGUAAUAUCUGAUAUCAUGUCAGUUAUGGGUCGAUGCUUUGUUUUUACAGAAGUUUUUUUCUGUUACACGGAAGCUGCAAGUGCCCUUGAUGUUUUUUCACCACAAAGCGGUUAUGGUGUUUUUUGGUUUUCUUGUAAUAAUCAAGUUAGUGAUGUCUGAUGUCCGAUAUUGCAUGAUGCUAUGUUUUAAUAGAAUUUGAA